AUGAGCAAGGGAAAAGUGUGCUUGGCCUACUCGGGCGGUCUCGACACCAGCUGCAUCCUCAAGUACAUGCUGGAUGAGGGCUAUGAGGUUGUGUGCUUCAUGGCCGAUGUUGGCCAGGAGGAGGACUUCAAGGCCGCCGAGGCAAAGGCCCUGAAGAUUGGUGCCAGCUCCGUUCACAUCAAGGACCUGCGUCGCGAGUUCAUCGAGGAGUUGUGCUACCCAGCCAUCGCCUGCAACGCCAUCUACGAGAACGUAUACCUCCUCGGCACCUCGCUCGCCCGCCCCGUCAUCGCUCGCGCCCAGAUCGCCGUGGCUCAGCAGGAGAACUGCUUCGCCGUCUCCCACGGCUGCACCGGCAAGGGCAACGACCAGGUCCGCUUCGAGCUGGCCUUCUAUGCUCUGCAGCCCAGCAUCAAGGUCAUUGCUCCAUGGAGAGACCCAAUCUUCUACGAGCGUUUCCAGGGCCGCAACGACCUGCUUGACUACGCGGCCGCUAAGGGCAUCCCCGUGACAAGCACCAAGAGCAAGCCUUGGAGCAUGGACGAGAACUUGGCUCACUGCUCGUUCGAGGCCGGCAUCCUCGAGGACCCCAACGUCACGCCACCAGACAACAUGUGGGUGUUGACAACCGACCCAACAAAGGCCCCUGAUGCCCCCGAGGACUUCACCCUCACGUUCGAGAAGGGUCUGCCCGUCAAGCUCGAGUAUGAGGGCGGCAAGAAGGUCGCUACCGAUCCCGUCGACCUCUUCCUCACUGCCAACACCAUUGCCCGCAAGCACGGCGUGGGCCGCAUUGACAUUGUUGAGAACCGCUUCAUCGGCCUCAAGUCCCGCGGCUGCUACGAGACUCCCGGUCUCACCAUGCUCCGUGGCGCCCACAUCGAUCUCGAGGGACUCGUCAUGGACCGCGAGGUUCGCAACCUCCGUGAUCAAUUCGUCACAUUCAACUACGCCAAGCUGCUGUACAACGGUCUGUACUUCUCUCCAGAGCGCGAGUUCCUCGAGGCUAGCAUCGUCGAGUCACAGAAGAAGGUCAACGGCUCCGUUCGCUGCCGUGUCUACAAGGGCAUGUUCAACGUCAUCGGUCGCUGGUCCGACACCGAGAAGUUGUACGACGCGAGCCUGGCGUCCAUGGACGAGAUCGGUGACUUUGCUCCUUGCGACACCACUGGUUUCAUCAGCAUCAACGCCAUCCGCCUGAAGAAGUACGGUCUGUCCAAGGAGGCCGAGGGCGUGAGUCUGGUUCACAAGAACUAG